AUUAAUUUUGAGUUUUAAAUUAACACGGAUAGAUGGCGCGUCAUUUUCGUAACCUCUCGGGUAAUUUCGUUUUAAACGUCAAAACUCGUUGUAAUGGCGGCUUGGUUUCGUGUUUCCGAUGUAAAUGUGUGUUAGUUUCGUUUUUUGGGUUAAAUUGGGGCGUUUUCGGGGCGAAAAUGCGACGGAUUUUUAACCGGGGGAUGUUCGCUUUGGUGUAACAAGCGUUAUGCAGUGAGGUUUACGAAAUGCAGAUAUCGGAGACGGCUUCCGGAGUUCCGGAUGUGGGAUCCGAGCAAUGCCGGUUCCCGAAACUCGAAGAAUGCGCCCAUUUCCACUAUGAAAAAGUCCAAUUACCUCCUUUAGAAGUUUCCCUUCACUCACCGAUGGAUAAAAGCUUGCAUUCGCAUAAUAGUUCUGAUCACCAAGAAAACGAAGAAUAUUACACCCUCCAAGUAACCUCAGGCGACGAAUGUUGGUUAUUACAACGCACCGUUGAGAAUUUUCGUUUAUUCGACGCCCAACUCCACCAGUGCAUUUACGACAGGAAAAUUUCUCAUCUUCCCAACCUCUCGGAGCCUCAAAGUCUGGAGCGAGACCCCGAACACGUCCUCGAUUCUUAUUUAAGGGAGUUUUGUUCGAUCGCUAACAACUCAUUAAAUUGUGGCCCCGUUUUGAAUUGGCUUCAAAUGGAUAAUCGAGGGCACCGAUUGUUGGUGCCGAGCGAGGAGAGUCGGUCGAUUAAUACUCCGGCGGUUGCGGCUGCCUAUAGCGUUAGAAGAUACGUGUCCCAAGCGAGGGAUGAACUCGAUUUGGAGGUGGGGGAUAUGAUUUCGGUGAUUGAUAUGGCGAGUCCUGGCGAAUCGGUUUGGUGGAGAGGAAAGAGGGGGUUUAAAGUUGGAUUUUUUCCGCAACAUUGUGUUCAUAUCAUCGGGGAGAAAGUGCCCAGGAAUAUGCCGUUACCACCACCUGUAGUUGGAUCUUUGGUUGUGAGCCCCAUGAAACCCGUUCUCCGCAAACACGGCAAAUUAAUCGCAUUCUUUCGAAGUUUCAUUUUAAACCGGCCAUCCCGCCGCCGAUUAAAGCAAUCGGGAAUUCUAAAGGAGCGCGUUUUCGGUUGCGAUCUCGGCGAACAUCUAUCGAACAGCGGAAAUAACGUUCCGACAGUUUUGAGAUGUUGCGCCGAGUUCAUCGAAAAAAACGGCAUCGUAGACGGCAUCUAUCGACUCUCCGGGGUAACUUCGAACAUCCAAAAGCUACGCAACGCCUUCGACGAGGAUCGAAUCCCUAAUUUAUACACAGAAGAAAUUUUACAAGACAUCCAUUCGGUUGCUUCGCUUCUUAAAAUGUAUUUCCGGGAGCUUCCAAACCCUCUUUGCACUUAUCAGUUGUACCAAAGCUUCGUUAACGCCGUUCAAGGUUGUAACCCGGCUGUUAGAAGUUCCGAUACCGACCACGAGAGGUUGUUAAAAAUGAGAGAGGCGGUCCAAAAAUUACCCCCACCUCAUUACCGGACGUUAGAGUAUUUAAUGCGACAUCUCGCGAGAGUUGCAAAACAUGGAAAUCGAACCGGGAUGACCACGAGGAACGUUGCGAUCGUUUGGGCGCCGAAUUUGUUACGAUCCGAAGAGUUGGAAGGAGGCGGAGUCGCCGCGCUUCAAGGAGUUGGGGUCCAAGCCGUUGUAACGGAAUAUUUAAUUUGUUACACUGACUUAAUAUUUUGCGAUCGACUCCCCGCUUCAGUUACAACAGCUUUAAAUUUGAACAAAUCCCAUCAAAUUCAUCACCAAUUCCCGAUUGAGAACGUGAUUUCUUCCCCGAAACGGGGAAGACCCAAAAGCUUAGCGAUUUCCACCCCCACUAAAUUAAUCACUUUGGAGGAGGCGCGAAAUAAACAUCACCAAUUAAAUCGAGGGGAUGAUUGUGGGGGGUACAUCGAGGUUGGAGGAGGCCCCAAGAAUUUGCCGAAGAAGUAUCAUACGAUUAUUGAGUUACCAAGUGGGAGAAAGAGGCACUCUUCCGGGUGGAGAUCUUUUUUCUCAAAGAGCCGAUACAGCUCUCAAAAUACUUUGCCAAAAAGCCGGAAAGCUUCAACUCCGGGUGUUAUAACAGCAGAAAAAAAUUUGACCGAUGCCACGUUAUUAGAAGCCAAAAGGAAGUUGAGAUCGGUUAAAUCAGCUGAAAGUUUAACAUCCGGUGCCUCAGAAAUCCCCCAAAACAACGAAAUUGAUAGUUUAGGCCCUUUACAAAGUUUGCAAAAAGCUCCAGGACAUAAUAGGUCUGUUUCUCAUGAUUCAUAUUUCGACCUCCUCCAAACGUCGUCUCAAAACAACUCUGAAGGAUCUUUACUCGAUUUGAGCGAGAUCCAAUUAAAUUUCGAUCUGGAAGAAUCGGAAAUGAGGAUCUUCUCAGAAGACGAAAGCUUGGUUAGUUCCCCACGGAUCGUCCAAAAAGACCCAUCAUACCGUCGUUAUUUAUCCCGCCCCAUCAACCCGACAUCGUCAUCCCCGAAAAAGCAACCCCGCGUCGUCGUCUCUCCCGAAUCGAUAUCAUCGCGGAAACGAACCCGCCUCGAAGACCAAUUAUCCGACAUCCAAUACAUCGAUUGUGGCACCCCCGACAACAACAUCCCCCAAUCGAAUUCGUGCUUAAUUGAGCCUACCAUCACGACGGCCGUUGUGCAUCAAAUUCCGGAGAUUGAGAAAGUUGAGCCGAAAAGUAAGAGUCCUCGGAGUUGCCCCGAUUUAGAAAGUAAGGUUAAAAGGCAAAGUUUGAAUUUGGACGAGAGGAAAUUGAUGGUUGCCGGGGAAGGAAUGGUAAAGUCUUCCACCGAUAUCGAUUUGGGGGCCAAAUUAUUAACGCCAACCCCGCAAUCUCCGGGUUAUAAACGCUUGAAUGAGUCGAAUGGAAGCAGUCCGAUCGAUUUUAAUCCCGCGGAGUUGUUUUAUCAACAAUUAAAAGCUAGUUUUGAGGAAAAACACCAAGAAAACGUAUACGAAAACUUCUCCCCCGUGUUAAUAUCGAAGCCUGCAAAAUCUCCGACGUACGAAAACGUUUUAACAACAAUCAGCAUAACCUAUAAGUCCCCCACGAAGCGAUUCUCGAACACCCCGCUGCUACAACCUCAAUUAACUCAAAGCAAUCAAAGUUGUAGCAGCUCAACAAACGAUCUUUCUAUUUAUGAGGACGUUUCGGUGAAUAUAACCGAAAAAGCUCCAGUUCCCAUUGAGCCGUUAGCGGUUCUUCCGACUCAAGAAGCGAAUCAGCCGGAAAUAGAAAUCGAAAAGGAUCGGAAAAGCGAGCAAAGACCGAAAAGUUUGAGCGCUCUCGAAGAUUUAAAAGGAAAUUUAAGCACCUCCGCCGUUUGUAACUCACGAAGCGAAGCUCGGACUUUAAGUUCAAACAACGAAACUUUAUUAAAGAGUUCCGAAACGACUCUAAACUCGAAUUCUUCAGUUUCUUCGUCGGAAUUUAACGCAAACAUGACGAAUUCAACGACGAGUUCGAGCUUAUUCCAACAAAAGGAUGCUUCUGAGUUGAGUAUGAGCGAGGUUGGGGCGAGUUCUUCCGAAAAUUUAACUGGAAAUCAAUUUAGUUGCCCCAUAACGCCCACCCAAAACAGUUUAAGCCCUAAUGUGAGUCAAAAUGAGUCAUCAGAAAUCGAAGGGAGGAUGGAUAAAAGGAAAUCAAGCGAAACUUUAGACGAAGAAAACGUUAUUUAUCAACAAGUUAAAUAUUUUAGGAGAUCAAUUCACGAAAUUAACGCUUUAUUGGAGCUUGGGGGUAACAAAAACGAUUUAGAUGGGCACAUUUACGAGAAUGUCGACGAUAAAGUUGAUUUAAUCGAGGUUAAAGAUGAUCAAGAUGUCCAAAUGGAGUUAAAAGAGGAAAUUGAAGAAGACGUUUUGGAGAAAGUCGAUGUGAAAUUGUUAAAAAAAAAUUUUGAGGUUAAUUCGACUCAAAAUUUGAAUCAAAAUUCGAAAUUGAAUCCGCCGUGUGUUCGAUUAAGGAAUUUAAAGCAUACGGUUAAAACGAGAUCGUUGGAUGAAAACGAUUUUAAUAAAGAGGUGUUUGAAAAGAACCCGGAUGACGAUGAUUCGUCGUCGGUGCCACGAAGGAAAUCGUUGGACGAAGAGAAUUUGUCGUUUUCAACGUUGAAAAGUGAAGAAAUUGAGGGCGAUAAAAAAAUUGGAUUGGUCAAGGUCGAUUUGACGGAGCAAAAAUUGAAUCGUGAAAGAAUCGAAAAGUACAAAGAGGAACGCAGGAAAGUGUUGCAUGAGAAGUAUCGUUCGGAAAGUUUUAAAGAGGAUAAAGAUGUGUUAUUGAGCAGGUUAAAAUUGAAAAGGAAUUCGGAAAAAAAUCGAUUUCCUUUCGAUGAGAUGGAAGAAAUUGAAACUAAUUUGGAAAAGAAAAUUGAUAACGAAAGGAUAGAAUCUCCACCAAUUAAUUUAGAAACGAAAAGUUGUGGAUUAAAAAGUUUGACGGCGAAGUUUGAGUCUCAAAUUUUAGAUUCUCCGCGAAGGAAAGUUAAUGUUUCUGAUGGAUGUCUUGGAGAUGGGAGUGGGGGUAGUUGUGAUAAUAAUAGUGGUGGUGAGACGACGACAUCGACAAAGUUGGAUGUGUCAGAAGAAAUUUUAAGGAAUCGUAGGAAUGGGAAUGAAUUUUUGGGUGGUUUGGUGAGGUGUUCGAGACGAAGACACACGUUCGAUGCCAGGGAAAGGGAGGGGACGGCUCCACCGGAAAUUGGAGAUGAAAAAGCGGGGUUGGUUGGAUCGAGGAGGAGUGUUGAUGCGAAAUCUCCAAGGAAAGAAAAGACUUCACCGUCUCUCUGCAUUAAAGACAUGAAGGCAAUCUUCGAAUCUAAGUCCCAACAGUGAUCUACAGCGUAAGAUAUUAUGACCAAAUCAUUAAUAUAUAACAUUAAUUAUAAAAUAAAGUAAUUAAAAAAAAAUAGUUAGGAGUUUCAUCAGACCGACAAAUAUUUAUCUUUAAUUUUUAAUAACAUUUUUUAUUUUAUUUAAACAUUUCUCUUCACCGAGUUUAUCUGUUGUU